AUAGUGCCAAUCAUCCCACUUUGCCCUGAGCACUCCUGCAGGGGUAGAAGACUCCAGAACCUUCUCUCAGGCCCAUGAGCCAAGCAGCCCAUGGAACUUCAUAACCUGAGCUCUCCAUCUCCCUCUCUCUCCUCCUCUGUUCUCCCUCCCUCCUUCUCUCCCUCACCCUCCUCUGUUCCCUCUGCCUUUAUCACUGUGGGGGGGUCCUCUGGAGGGCCCUGCCACCCCACCUCUUCCUCGCUGGUGUCUGCCUUCCUGGCACCAAUCCUGGCCCUGGAGUUUGUCCUGGGCCUGGUGGGGAACAGUUUGGCCCUCUUCAUCUUCUGCAUCCACACGCGGCCCUGGACCUCCAACACAGUGUUCCUGGUCAGCCUGGUGGCCGCUGACUUCCUCCUGAUCAGCAACCUGCCCCUCCGCGUGGACUACUACCUCCUCCAUGAGACCUGGCGCUUUGGGGCUGCUGCCUGCAAAGUCAACCUCUUCAUGCUGUCCACCAACCGCACGGCCAGCGUUGUCUUCCUCACAGCCAUCGCACUCAACCGCUACCUGAAGGUGGUGCAGCCCCACCACGUGCUGAGCCGUGCUUCCGUGGGAGCAGCUGCCCGGGUGGCCGGGGGACUCUGGGUGGGCAUCCUGCUCCUCAACGGGCACCUGCUCCUGAGCACCUUCUCCGGCCCCUCCUGCCUCAGCUACAGGGUGGGCACGAAGCCCUCGGCCUCACUCCGCUGGCACCAGGCGCUGUACCUGCUGGAGUUCUUCCUGCCACUGGCGCUCAUCCUCUUUGCUAUUGUGAGCAUUGGGCUCACCAUCCGGAACCGUGGUCUGGGUGGGCAGGCAGGCCCGCAGAGGGCCAUGCGCGUGCUGGCCAUGGUGGUGGCCGUCUACACCAUCUGCUUCUUGCCCAGCAUCAUCUUUGGCAUGGCUUCCAUGGUGGCUUUCUGGCUGUCCGCCUGCCGCUCCCUGGACCUCUGCACACAGCUAUUCCAUGGCUCCCUGGCCUUCACCUACCUCAACAGUGUCCUGGACCCCGUGCUCUACUGCUUCUCUAGCCCCAACUUCCUCCACCAGAGCCGGGCCUUGCUGGGCCUCACGCGGGGCCGGCAGGGCCCAGUGAGCGACGAGAGCUCCUACCAACCCUCCAGGCAGUGGCGCUACCGGGAGGCCUCUAGGAAGGCGGAGGCCAUAGGGAAGCUGAAAGUGCAGGGCGAGGUCUCUCUGGAAAAGGAAGGCUCCUCCCAGGGCUGAGGGCCAGCUGCAGGGCUGCAGUGCUGUGGGGGUAAGGGCUGCCGCGCUCUGGCCUGGAGGGACAAGGCCAGCACACGGUGCCUCAACCAACUGGACAAGGGAUGGCAGCAGACCAGGGGCCAGGCCAAAGCACUGGCAGGACUCAGGUGGGUGGCAGGGAGAGAAACCCACCUAGGCCUCUCAGUGUGUCCAGGAUGGCAUUCCCAGAAUGCAGGGGAGAGCAGGAUGCCGGGUGGAGGAGACAGGCAAGGCACCGUUGGCACACCAGCUCAGACAGGGGCCUGCGCAGCUGCAGGGGACAGAGGCCAAUCACUGUCACAGCAGAGUCACCUUAGAAAUUGGACAGCUGCAUGUUCUGUGCUCUCCGGUUUGUCCCUUCCAAUAUUAAUAAACUUCCCUUUUAAAUAUAUUUAUU